GGUAAGCAGGAGAGUCAUGGAACUGGCAUUACUGAAUCCUCGGGGCUCAUCUUUGGUUUAGUCUAAGUGAACCAUUCCUGGAAGUUUCCAUGGUGAAUGCCAGAAUGGAGCAGUCCGGACCACCCCACAGUUCAGACCUUACGGAUUUUCUGGUGAAUUAUGAAAGAGGAGAACUGUGCUGUGAAAUUGAAGGUAGCUUGAGGGAAGGCCAGGAUCUGCCUCCAUAUUCUGAAACUCUCCAAAGUGAAAUGGUGCCUCCCACUUCCCCCUUAUGUCUUGAGAACUUAGAUUUCUUGCAAGAGAGCUUGGAGGGAGCUAGCAGCAAUCCUGAAACACCUGCUGAGAAAUCCUUUUCAGCAUUAGCUUCAAGUCAUGUUGCAGGGCCUCUGCCAGAUUCACAGAGCAUGGACCUUUGCUCUGAGAAACUGGAGCUGCCCCAGAGAGAAGAUUGUCACCUGGAAAACUUGAAAAAUCAGGGCAAAAGCAGUAAUGAUUCCACCCAGGCACUGUUCUGGGCCAGUAUUCUUCAAGCCCAGAUGUGUGUCAUGGAUCUUCAAGGGGAGAUUGACAAGCAGAAGGAAACAGAGACGAUCCCCUGUCUAAGCCCUGAGAAGAUGCCAGCAGCAACUGUACCUCAGGUUGUGAUGGAAUCCCAUGAGCCUUUGUUUCUGGACAGUGAUAGUGAAGAAUCAGAGGACUUAUCAGAGAGGCUGGAGGAAGAAGAAGGUUCCUCUGAGGAGGAAGAUGAGGAUGAGGAGGUGGAAUACUUGUUUUAUAACAAUCCACUCUUUCAGGAGAGUCCUCACCCAACAAGAACCACCAGUUUUGAAGGACAAACCUUGUGGAGCCAUCCAGAAGGAAGGGCUUGUGUACAAGAUGAGGAGGGAAUAUUGGACAGUGGACUAGUAUCUCAAAAACAGGAUGAUGUAUUCUUUUACCAAACAAGUGUUGCAACAAGUCCUGAGACCCUGGAUUCACCUCCUUCACCUGAACUGACCUCAGGCGUUAUCCCAACCUAUAUGCCUCACUACCGCUCCUUUUCCCCUUUGGUGAUCACAGAAGGAGAUACUGAAAGUGAUUGCCCUGUAACAGCGAACACAGAGGACCAAGUAUGCUUUGAAGACCAGUGGUCCAGUGCCCACCCUGGAAGUGUUUCAGCUCCAGGUGCAAACCAUGCCAUGGAUUCAUCAGAUGAAGGCUUGCUGUUUUCCGCCUCCAACACCUCCCUUCUGUCAGUUUUGCUGCAAGAACCCAAUGAGAGCCACCAACCCCCAUUUCCUGCAGAGAUGAUCAGGACUCCUUCCGCCACCCAGGUCUUCUCAGACCAUGAUGCAGAGCUGACUCUGCAGCAGGAGAAGUUCAAGCCACAAGCACCUUCCUGUAGCUGCCCAGAGUCUUCUUCCGCAUGGGUGGAGGAGCCUGAACGAACUUCCUGUCUGCAGGAGGAAGUCACUACAAGAGAUUUUCACUUGGUUUCAUUUGGAGGUGUGGACUGGAAGCUAGAAAACUCAGCGGAGGCCCUUGAGAUGGUGGAAGUGCCCACUGUGCUUGGUGAUGAGAUCUUGGAAGAGGAGGAGGAGGAGGAGGAGGAAGAGAAGACUAUGGCGACCCCAUGGUAAUGUUUCUCAGUCUCGGUCUGUUGGCUCCCUCAGCCACUUUCAGUUCACCGGCCACAAUAUCCUCUAGUCGUGGUUAGAGGCGGGGCUUGGGCCAAGGAAAACAGAUGCAGCAGAGCAGCCAUUUGGUGGAA